CGCGGGGGGACGGAACGGCCACCGGGUGACCCGACCCGUCAAGGGUACUCCAAGCCUUGGUACUGUUUCCUAGCGUUUAUUCACCGGGUCGUCUCCCUCUUUCUACUCUCUUGGCGUUUUCCAGUGGAGGUAACAUUUAACUCACGCACCACGCAGUUUCCAUAACAGUACCGUUUUCAAGAAUUCCUGGGAUAAAUGGGUAGUGCUAAGCCCAUUUACUGAAGCAAAAGAAGAUGCCAGACCUCGCAGAGGCAGUUGCAGAACAGCGUACCUCUCAGAAACGGCCGUUCCCGGACGACCUGAGCAAUAGCAUAUCCCUAAAUUCCGGCAGCUAUGCUGGUGUUGUCCCUACCUCGCAAAAGAUUGGAACUUCCGAUCAUCAUCAUCAUCAGAACGGCAACAAGAAGAUCUGUAUAUCACCUUCGGAUUCAUUUAUGGCAUCACCAUUCGAGCCCUCCUUUGCCUCUUAUGUAGAACAAACGCCAUCCACACCCUCAUCCAGGGACUUUACUGCAUCAAAUCCGCCUCUUGCCAACACUACUAUCAUCUCCAGCGGAGUGGGACCAACACCUGCUGCCUCCCCGAGAAAUCAACCACAGACGCCAGGAGCCCCAGCAGUGACCCCAACAGCAUCCACUACCACUACUAAGCUCCGAACUGCAUCCGGACCCAGCAGUGGCGCAUCUCUCGAUGAGCUGCAGGCAGAGAAUAAGCUGUUGCGGCAGCGGCUGGCAAAAUUCCAGUCAGAACUGGAGAAAAGAUCCCAACCGGAGAGCUCCAUGAUUCUCAAGUUGGCGAAGAAGGACCAAGAUAUCGGCGCUUUAACGGCCGAAUUGCAAGCCCUCAGACGUCAGCAAUCAGAUCGCGACCUGGAAAGUUCGCCCACGAAGCUGCUGGAUCCAACAUGGGCUCUACUGUACGGUGCAAUGAAGAAAGAAGUUGAGGAGAAAAACAAAAAGAUCGAACAUCUGCAGCGAGAGAUAUUGGGCGUGAGCUUCACGCCGUAUAGCAUCACCGGCAAAAAGCUCGUAUCGAAGCUCAAAGCUCUUCAGACCGAGAACGAAGAGCUAGGCAAGCAGCUGUACCAAGGAAGAGUCGAGCAACUGCAGACAGCGCUCGCCAUGGAGAAGGCCGUUGUUGAGAAGUUGGAGAGAAGAUUGAGAGAAUCCGACCAGCUGUCUUUGGAGCUUGACCGGGAAAACGAGGCAAUGCAAGAAACCAUCUUCGAGCUGCAGCACCGCCUCCAUGACCAUGAACCUAAAGGCCUGCAUGAGCGGCCACAGCAACAGCUUCACGAGAGAUCUGGCGGUGCACGAGACGAAUCUGAACCUUCUGUCGUCCGGGGCCUACAGGAAAGUGUGGACAGUCGGAAACCACAGGGGAGCUCGGAUUCUGAGGCUGAUGCUCCGGAGGUCGAAGAUGCCGCCUUGGAGGAAUGAUUGCAGGAUGAAGACUUGCGGCAGAUGGAGAUCUGAACCAAGAAACAAUCUCUCUGCGAACUGAAGCACCGAAGGGGAAGACACCGUGGGGGUGGGUUAGCAGACCGUAGCAAGAACAUGAGGGCGGGAGCGAAGCAAUUGACGGUCUGACCUCUUUUGGCGUUGGGUGUGUGCGAGCUUUUCAGCCUGU